UUUUGUUAUUUAUAAUCUUUGGGUUAAAAUAAAAACCCUAUUUUUCUAAUAUGUCCUGUGACUCCUCCUGUUUUUAAUUCGGUCCAUCACAUGUGGUGUCAGAAGUGAGGAUUUUGAGUUGAGGAGGCAGGACUUUUUUUUUUUCUAUUUUUUGCUUUUUGUGAGUAAUUCUUUUACUAACCCCCUCCAACAAAUUUUUGAGCCAUGCAGAAUGGUGUGCGCCCAAGAAAAGGAAACAAGGUUGAGACCAAAGAGGUUUUCCAGCAGUCAGAGAGGGAGGAAAUGGAAGGAGGAGCUUCAGCAGCAGCUGGAGACACUGAGCAUGAUGAGACCAGAGAACCAACUCUGCAUGAUAUUGCUGGAAUUCUUCAGGCCUUCAUGGGACAACAGGAAGUUCGGGAGAAAAAGCAGAGAGAGGUUUCUGCACAGCAAGAACAGCGCUUCAAGUGUUUGCAACACCAGUUUCGGCUUUUGCAAAUGGAAAUGCAUGCCAGGACAACCCCGCCCCCUGAGCCCACAUCAAUUGAUCCACAGCCUGUUGAAAUUCAAACUGAUCAUCAGAUUCAAGCAACAUCUCAACCUGAGGAUUCAGCUUCCGGCUCAAUAGGUCAGUCUGUGCACAUUCAUCAUCCUAAAUUAGAAAAAUUAACUGUUGAAGAUGAUAUUGAACACUUUCUGACCACUUUUGAGAGAAUUGCAGCUGCUUAUCGUUGGCCAAAGUUGGACUGGAUUUUUCAUCUCAUUCCUCUUCUGACGGGUAAGGCUCGCAGCGCCUAUGUUAACAUGGAUGUGGAUGAUUCCCUGGAAUAUGAAAAGGUAAAAGCUGCCAUUUUACAAAAAUAUGAUAUAAAUCCAGAAACGUACCGACAAAGAUUUCGCUGCCUUGAUAGUCUUGAUGAGAGUCCAAAGGAAUUGUAUUCAAGACUCAAAGAACUUUAUGAGAAGUGGAUUCAGCCUAAAGAUAAAACUGUGAAACAAGUUGGUGAAUUGAUUAUUCUGGAACAAUUUUUGAGAAUGUUGUGUCCUGAGCUUCAGGUCUGGAUCAAGGAGCACAAUCCAAAGUCUGCUGCAGAAGCUGCUACUCUGGCAGAUGUGUUUGUAGCUGCCAGAAGUAGGAGUCAGCCUUGGAGCAACAGUGCAUGGAGAGCUGCUAAAGACUCACGUCAGCUACAACCCUCUCAACCUCAUCAAAAGUUUGCAACAGGUGUGGGUAAGCCUUUUUAAAGAGAAAAUCAGCCUUUCAAGACAGGAAAAAGACCACCAGUGUGUUACCUCUGUGGACAAGAAGGUCACACCAAGCCCAUGUGCCCCAAGAAUCAAAGUAAGCUAACUCAAAUGUGUUUUGUGCCUCACCAGAAUAUGGGUAUUAAACCUGAAAUAAAGCAGUCAAAUAAAAUCAUCCCAGUGAAGAUUGCUGGACAUGAAAUGAAUGCUUUAAUAGAUACUGGCAGCACACAGACUCUAGUGCAGGGGUGGGCAAUCCUGGUCCUCGAGGGCCGGUGUCCUGCUACUCUUAGAUGUCUCCCUUGAAACACUCUUGGAUCCAACAGCUGACUCACCUCCUAAGUGCAGUCAAGUUCUCCAGAGUCCUGCUAAUGACCUCAUUAUUUGACUCAGGUGUGUUGAAGUAGAGAUACAUCUAAAAGUUGCAGGAGACCGGCCCUCGAGGCCUGGAGUUGCCCACCCCUGCUCUAGUGCAUAAGAAGCAUGUGCCAACUCAUUGUAUAUGCCCUUCUGAAACAAUAUCAGUGUGCUGUAUACAUGGUGAUGAGAAAUCAUACCCCACUACUGAUAUGUUUGUUGAGGUGCAGGGGGCUCCCUAUUUGUUGAAGGUUGGGGUAGCUGGUAACCUACCCUAUCCUGUAGUUCUUGGGGAGGAUCUGCCUGUUAUUUAUGAUUUAUUGAGGGAUGUGCAGAGCUGUAAUGUGGCUGUAAUCAGGUCCCAAGCUAAAAAUCAAGAUGAGCAUUUUGCAACACUCAGUGCUUUACCCUUUUUUGAGGCUGAGCUGCAGACAGAACCUGGGAAAUCACGGAAGCCACGCAGUCAAAGAAGGCAGGAGAAAUUUCAACAUACACUGGGUGAGACUUCAGUUGAAGUGGCUCCAGAUAUGCCACUGGGUUUUUCAAUACCUACAAAUGCAGCAGAAUGAUCCAACUUUGUCUGCCCUGUUGCUGAAGGCUAGGGUGAGGCCUCUAAGACAGAAAUACAGUACCUUGGGUUCACUAUUGGAGGUGGCAUUCUUAAACCUCAAGUUGAUCAAAUCAAUGCGAUAGCAUCCUGUCUGCUCCCACAAACCAGGAAACAGCUACGAUCUUUUCUAGGCAUGGCUGCAUUCUACCACAGAUUCAUCCCCAAUUUCUCAGCUAGAGCAGCAUCUCUAACAGACAUGAUGGGUUCCAGAAGUCCCACCAAAAUUCAGUGGACAGCAGAUGCCGUUGCAGCUUUUAAGGACAUUAGCCAAUCCC